GAUCGAACAUUAACACACACACAAACAAAAGACCAACUGUCAACUCUCCAAGUUGAAAAUCAACCAUUGGAUGAAUCAACGUGAACGAGUAACCAAGCCAUGCGACAGUGCGUCCUUUGGGUUAGUAGCCGUUAUAAAGCGCUCAUAACGGAUAGCUUCGAUGAUGGUAUAAUCUAAAAGCCGAAGUCUAUAAUUGUCAAUUUUACCCACAAGACAAAAAUCGUUUGCAUUCCCAGCUUCCAGCUGUGGCCAAAGCAUGCCUGACCCAUUCCCUUCGACUACUAAACCAUAGUUUAACUUAACCCUAGCUAAAAAUUCUAACCCGCCUCCCAAAUCUUUCUUUUUUAUGCUCUUCUUCUACACGUACUCUCACUAUGUGCUUAUUCACUGACUCAGCUCUGCCGACCUCAUCAACGUUCACGAUGGGCGCAUUUCACCCACUCAACCUCUUCCUCUUCACUCUCUGUUUGGUUGCUAUUGCUGCCAAUGCCCACAAUAUAACUGCCAUAUUAGAAGGUUUUCCAGAUUACUCGGUUUACAACAGCUUCCUCUCCCAAACAAAGCUGGCCGAUGAGAUCAACACCCGAGAAACAAUCACUUGCCUUGUCCUCAACAAUGGGGCUAUGUCUGCUCUCACAGCCAAACACCCACUUUCCGUCGUCAAAAACAUCCUUAGCUUUCACGUUCUUCUAGACUACUAUGACCCGCAAAAGCUCCACCAAAUCUCCAAAGGAACCACCCUCACUACCACUCUUUACCAAACCACCGGAAAUGCCCCUGGAAACCUCGGCUUUGUCAACAUCACCGAUCUCCAAGGUGGAAAAGUAGGCUUCGGCUCCGCAAUUCCCGGCUCCAAACUUGACUCCUCUUACAUUAAGUCCGUUAAGCAGAUUCCCUACAAUAUCUCUAUCCUCGAGAUCAGCGCUCCGAUUAUUGCUCCGGGAAUCUUAACGGCUCCGGCCCCGUCGACUUCUGACGUUAACAUUACCGGUUUGCUCGAAAAAGCCGGCUGCAAGACUUUUGCUACUUUGCUUAUCAGCAGUGGCGUGCUUAAAACUUACGAGUCAGCGCUUGAUAAGGGUUUGACCAUUUUUGCGCCGUCUGAUGAAGCUUUUAAAGCCGCAGGUCUCCCUGAUCUUAGCAAGCUCACCAAUGCCGAUCAAGUGUCGCUUCUAGAGUACCACGCCUCACCAGAUUACAAACCUAAGGGAACAUUAAAGACAACAAAAGAUCCGGUCAAUACAUUGGCCACUAACGGUGCUGGAAAGUUCGAUCUGAUAGUUACAACCUCUGGCGACUCGGUCACGCUUCAUACCGGAGUUGGCUCAUCCAGAGUGGCCGAAGCGGUUUAUGACUCACCACCAUUCGUGAUAUUCACUGUUGACAACGUCUUGCUUCCGUCAGAGUUGUUCGGCAAGUCGCCGUCGCCAGCACCUGCCCCGGAGCCAGUUUCAUCGCCUUCACCUACACCUUCAGUGUCUCCAAGUCCAUCUCCUGUGUCCGAAGCACCAUCACCGCUGGCCGCUUCACCUCCAGCUCCACCAACUGACGCACCCUCCGGAUCCCCGGCAGAUGCGCCAGCUGGAUCCUCGGAGAACAGCACCUCGGAUAAUGCUGCUGGUCACGUGAGUGCGCCUCUGUUUCGCACUGUUGUUUUCACUAUCUUUGUCGCUGUCGUUUCUUCGGUUCUCUUGUCCUGAAUCGUAAUUAUGCCGGUCUGUUAAUUAUUCUUUUUUAGUUUUUUUUAUUUGUUACUUUGAUUAGA